UGCCUUACGUAAAGCAACGCGAUGUCGUAGUGAAACGAAACCUGGGCGUGUUGAAGUACGUCGCGUUACGGUCAUUCAAUCUAAAACUAUGAAUUAUAUUCACCAAUGAAUCAGUGUAUCCCCUUUUGUAUCAAAAAUCCGUCUGGUCUUCAAAUCCUCAAACUGCUUCAAUUGUAGACUACGUUCGAAUAUAAUUUCAUUUAUCGAAGUACAAAGUUGUGGCUUUGUCUCCCAUAAAGUGGCGCUAUCUAUUCAAAGGGUUCCCCCCACCGGUGAUACGACGAUACUGCAAGUGUUGCUGCAGCCCUUCCUGAAGAAGUAAAUGAUCAGGAUUGCAUUUUGAUUAUUUUUAUUCACAUCUAAGUAGUUGCAUUUAGGGGAAGGACACGGGCAUGGAGGACGUUCACACCCAAGGCAUCUGGAUGGCUGAAAGUCUCCAGAAGAGGACGAUGAGCCAAGAAAAAAUAUGGCUGGUUAUCACUCAUAUUGGAGAUCCCAAAGCAGCAUUUCUGCUCGUCUUUCCUUUCACAUAUUUCCUCAGCAAACGAGCUGGAGUAGCUGUGCUUUGGGUAGCAGCUAUAUCGGAGUGGUUAAACUUGGUGUUUAAAUGGAUGCUGUUUGGAGAAAGGCCAUUCUGGUGGAUAGGGGAAUCACGUCUGUUUGUCGACAAAGAACCAAACGUCCGCCAGUUUUCCUCAACAUGUGAAACAGGCCCAGGGAGUCCAUCGGGACAUGCGAUGGUGACAGCAGCGGUCUGGUGGGUCGUGGUGUCCACACUGGGGUCCUUCCUGUACUCCCGUACUCACAGUGUGGUGUUAUCGGCUGCUCCCUACCUGCUGUAUGUGGUGAUGCUGGUGGCAGUUGGAAUAUCCAGGAUCUUCAUCCUCGCCCACUUCCCUCAUCAGGUCAUUGCUGGUUCCAUCACAGGGUUCAUUCUGGGGGUUGUCCUGAGCCGCAGAGUUCCAGAAGGUCGCCCCCUGCUGUUCUUCUUCUGCUUCAGCAUCGGCCUGCUGAUCGGCACUCUGCUGCUGCAUGCUGGACUGCAACAGCUGGGAGUGGACCUCUCCUGGUCUAUUACUUUGGCCAAGAAAUGGUGCAGCCGUGCAGAAUGGAUUCGUUUGGACACAGCUCCGUUCUCCUCUCUGACUCGAGACUGCGGGGCCCUCCUGGGUUUGGGGCUGGCCCAGUACUGGAAGCCUGGAGGAUGGCAUCUGCCUUGGGCCCCCCGGGCUCUGUCUCUGGCCAUUUCUUCCAUGGGACUGUACCACGUCAACCGCCUGCCGCUCCCGGUGCGACCACAAGGUCUCUUCUAUGGCCUGUUCUUCAUCAAAUUCGUCAUUGUGCCUCAGGUUGUCAUGGUGCUUGUGCCCGGACUGGUUUACCUUUUCACGAACAAAAAGAAGAAGGACUAGAAACUACAAUGAGGACUUUAGAUUCCUUCUAGGUCUAGGCACUUUUAAUGUCUGUUUUUUUCAGUUUCAUGGGUGUUAAAUGCUCCAAAUACGUUUUUGUGGUCUUAUAAUUCACAUGGCAAGGGUGUUCAGGUUGUUAUUUCAUGUUGCUUAAUUCUUGGCAUUCAUGUUACUUAAUUCUUGGAGUUGAAUCUGAGAAUCUUUUGUUUUGUGGACCGAAAUCCAUCAAAUUACACUUAUAUGUAAAUAUACAAUUAUUCAGCAAAAUAAACGACUGACAUGCAGGCCGUGUUUCAGUUGGUAACCAUUUAUAAAUAUGUUAUUUUUUUUCCUCCAUUACAUAUGUUUGACUGUACAGAUUACAAUCAGUUAUCAUGAGAUAAAAACACAUUCUUUUUUAUUGUUUUAAUUAAACUUUUUAUCACAGCGAUCUGAAAGCUCACAUUUACAGACAAGAGAACUCUGCUCAGCAAGCAAAUACAUUAAAAUAAAAUAAAAGGAACCGUU